CUACGAAGAACCUCUCCUUACCUUUCCCCUUCCUAUUCCUCUAUCUCUUUCUCUUGCUCCACCACUACUACGAUCUCUCCUCCUUUCCUCCCGCAGAGCCCAUGGCUGAUCGGUCCUCCACCUUUCGAGUCUGAAAGCCACCACAGAUUAUUUGCUCGCUCGCUCGCUCUCUCUCUCUCUCUCUCUUCUGGAAUGCUGUGUCCUAAGUUCUAUUGAUCCUUUCGAAAAGAGAGGCUACUUUUUCUAUGCUGUUGGCGGUGCUUCUGCACUUUUGCUUCCCGUGCUACUAUAUCAGAAGAAUGAGCAGUUUCAGCUCCGUCUUUGCUGUUCCCUCUGCAGUUUAGCCAAGAAGACUCCUCUGCAGUUUCCUCCUCUCGUUAUCCUGGACACCUGCUAUGGACUCAGGAAACAGCAGCAGCCUCCAGUCCUCCAGCGGCGGAGACGACGACUUCGACUGCCGCGUCGACUCCCUCUCCGCCUUCUUCCACUCCUCCCCAGCAGCCGCCGCCGCCCUCCCGCCUUCCCGGUCACCACCACCACUCUCCUCCUCCUACGACGGCCACCACUUCUUCGACGACUCAUCUCUCCCCUACCUGGACUCCUCAGCCCCGCUCCUUCCCAUCGGCUCCUCCACCACCGCCCCUUGGCCACGCCACCUCAUCCCCAGCUCCUCCAAUUGCAUCACCGCCGCCACCGCCGCAGCAGCCUCACUCGGGACCCAUCCCGUGGCUACUAGCCUGUUGUCGUCGUCGUCGAUGCAACCACAACUCGAGCAGCCCAUCGGCGCCGCUGCAGCGGCGGCGGCGCCAAGGAGCUCGAAGAAGCGCUCCAGGGCCUCACGACGGGCCCCUACCACCGUGCUCACCACCGACACCUCCAACUUCCGCGCCAUGGUCCAAGAAUUCACCGGCAUACCCUCCCCUCCCUUCUCCGUCGCCUCUACGUCCCCUUUCGCGCGAUCUCGCUUCGACCUCUACUACCCCGCUGACGCGCCUCCUCCCCACUUCCUCCUCCGUCCCUUACCCAAGAAACUCCAAGCUCCUCCCUCCUUUACUGCUAAUCCCAUCUCUUCUCUUCCACCUCCUCGUCCUUUGAGCACCACCAACACUGCUGCUGCUAGUGCCAACACCAAAAUUCCUACUGAUGACUCUAACUACCGGUCACCUUCUCAUGAUCUUGGUCUUGCCGGAGGCCAAUGGCAACCUCUUGUAAGCCACCAAAGCCCCAUCCUCAACUUCCAAAGCCUCCUCCAACCCUCACAACUCCAAGCAAAGUACACUCUUCCCGCCAUAGCGGCAAGCUACAACGCAAAGCUGCACAUCACACCCUCAGACGCGUACAAAGCACAUGAGCUCGGCGGUCUUCCGCCAGGGCUUAUCGGGUCCGAAGCAUUGCAUUCGAGCUGGACGGACGGCGGCGCUGAUCUAGCGCACUUGAGGCCAGCCGCCAUCGAUGACUACUUGGACUCACAACUACGAGUCGGCAGCGGUUGGAAGCCGAACUACUCGGCUUCGGGGCCCCCCUCGGAGUUUACCGGGGACAAGGUAUCGGGGAGCGUCGUGGCAACGAGAGGCGAGGGCAUGGUGGAGUCAUGGAUUCAUUAUUCUGAUUAGGAGAUAGAGAAGAGCGUUGUAGUUAGGUCGAGAAGGAGGACGAAGAAGAGCUCUCGCUGCUUUUUCUUCUAAUGCAUGUGACAUAUGUAGCACCAGUACUGAUCACAGUGUAUCCAAAUUCCCGGGUUUCCAUUGUGGUUGUGCAUGCUCACUUCAGAUAUAACCAACAAACAGUUGUCGAAGCACGAUGAGAGAGAUUUUCCUGGGGGAGAAGACAUGAAGAUUAAAGACAAGAGAAGUGGUGCAAUUGACAGGACGAGUAGUAGCAGCGAGACAAGAAAAGGAAGGAUGCUUUUUCGUGUGUUUCAGUAUGUGAUGUUAACACUGUGCUUCGAAAAAUUCUGCUAUGUUCUUGGGUUUCAGGACAUUUUGGCAUGACAUAUACACGGAAUUUGGAUCAUGGGGUGGAGGAAACAUCGGUGGCAAGAUUUUGGUACGCCGUCGUCCGGCAAAAAAUCUUUAGAAUUUAGAUCAGGAACACCGCAAACGCAAGGAAAGUUGUGCUCAGGAUUCACUCGACCCAAUAGGCACGACAGCAGUGGCAACACCGAUCUCUUGAAGACAACUAGCAGCAUAAACAAAAGAGCAAUGGCAGCAGGGUGGUACAAUUCCAUUAGAAAUCUCAAAAGCAUCAGGACAUGGUUUUAAAAGCCAUGGGUUAGCUAAUUAUUCAGUCAGAUCUUCAUUUUUUA